CUAAGUGUCCAAACAUGGGUGACAUGAAGACCCCAGAUUUUGAUGACCUCCUAGCUGCAUUUGACAUUCCUGAUCCAGACCUCGAUGCCAAGGAGGCUAUCCAGUCGAGCAGUGAGGAGGCAGAAAGUCAUCUGAAGCAAGCAGGGAUGGGUAUAGAUGAAUUGUCUAUGCACCACCCCAUACCCGAUGUCCCAGUGGUGAGUGUUAUUGUUAAGAACACCAGCCGACAAGACUCCUUCGAUUCCAUCACUGAAAAGGAUGUCCACCCACUUGGACAUAAUCUACUUCAAAAUGGGUUUCGGAAUUCUGAUAUUGCCUCUGAUACCCAUAGUCUUGGAAAUAGUUACAGCAAGAUGGUCACUGCUUUCAUCAAUGGAGAUAGUUCCAGAAGCUACUCCGAUAAAUUUGACACACCAAGGUCAGAAGCUCUACCAGCAUUCAGUCAGUUUAGCCCUAUUUCUAGCCCAGAGCCAGAAGAAACCAUUCAGGAUGCUAAUGUUGUGGAUAACAUGAAAAGAGAUGAGAGACCUUACCUUGGUUCUGUAGGCCUAUACGUUUCUACAGAGAAUUCUUUAAUGGACAGGCCAAGGGAACGGCCUGAACAAGCUGUGACUGAGCUGAGCAUGUUUGAUGAAUAUUCUAAAAAACGAGAGAAAGCAAAUGAGAUUAGAAACUGUAACAUGAAGGAGGCCAGCUUGGGGCAGAGGGCAAACUCAAUAAAUGUAUCUGAAGGUGCAGAGAAAAAUGACAAGGACUUUGAUAAAAGCAACAGUUUGUUUGACAGCUUGCAGCCAUCACAUGACCUCCAUAAAAAUAAUGUAGAAGAGCCAAAGAGCAGCAGUGUUCCGGAGAUGAGCUUGUGUUCUUCUGUCCCACCUCGCCAGCGUUUAAAAUCAGAUCAUUCAAAGCUGUCUUCUUGCUUAGCAGCAUUAGUAGCUCUUAAUGCCAAAAAGACAUCAGAAUUCCCAAAGGAAGAACAAAAAGAAAACUUUAAAGAAUCCUUGUUGGCUUUGAAAGAUGGGAUCAAGAGCAGCCCCAAGAUGGCAAAGUCACCAAAGAGUCCGAGAAGUCCAAUGGAGGGAGUAAAGAAAAUGAUAAAUAAACAGCCUGAUAGCCCAAAGAGUGUGUCCAGUGACUACAGUGGCAAAAGUUCCCCCUACGUUGCAACAGGUUCACCACCAGCCAUCCCGAAAGUAAGAAUCAAAACCAUUAAAACUUCCUCUGGUGAAAUUACCAGGACUGUGACAAGAAUAAUGCCAGACUCAGAACAGAGUGAGUCAAGGAGUUCGCCAGAACAGUCACUGACUGAAAUGGCUUUCACUGAGGAGUUAAGUUUAAGAUCUAGUCCUGUGACCAUUUCGUCGUCACAGACCCAUACUUCAACAACAGUGGAAAACGGAAAGAAGCAAAUGUCAACCAGAAACCUGGCUGAUGCUGUCAGUUCUUUGUCUAGUAUACCUGUCAAAGGACCUGAAAACGUAGAUGACAACAGCAACUUGAAAGCCAUAGCUGUAACAAACGUACUAGCUGAGGAUGCCAGCAGUGCCACCAUGAAAGUUGCUGGCAUGCCCCAGCAGAAGCAGGCUGCAGUAAAGCACUCAUCUAAUAUCUCUAGUACAAGUCUUCUGCCAAAAGCUGUUCACCUGGCAAGCCUUAACUUGGUUCCACACAGCGUUGCAGCUACUGCUACUGCAAGGUCCAGCACUUUGCGGCAGAGCCAACAAAAGAUUGCCACUCAGGUGGUAACAGUGCCACUGGUACAACAAGUCAAGAAUGUGGUUCCACAACAUAAUGAAUCUUCUACUUCAAAUCAGAACAUUGUUGUCGAAGCUUUUAACAAACUGUUAAAUAGUACAAAUCCUGUGCCAAUCUAUGCUCCAAACCUUAAACCACCUGCAAACAGUAAUGUAACCAUGCCAGCUCGUGGCUAUCGUUGUUUGGAAUGUGGAGAUGCAUUUGCUCUAGAAAAGAGCUUAUCACAACAUUAUGAGAGGCGAAGUGUCCACAUUGAGGUGAUGUGCAGCCAUUGUUCCAAAAUGAUGGUAUUCUUCAACAAGUGCAGUUUGCUUUUGCAUGCACGGGAGCACAAAGGCAAAGGUGCAGUUAUGCAGUGCACUCAGCUACAGAUGAAACCCAUCCCUUCAGACCAAAUGUUUUCAGCUACCCCAGUGACAUCUUCUGUUCCGUCUGGUCCUCCUGCCCAGGCUACGACUCCCUCCCAAACUGUUGGGAGUUUGACAGUAAUUGGGGUUGACAACCCAGCUUUCAGUCAUCCUGCCAUGCCUCUGCGCUGUGAUUCACUUCGAUUAAUACGCCAUGGCUUAAAAUGUCUUGAAUGUUACCAGCAAUUCCAGGAUUACAACAGCCUUGCGGGCCAUUACCAACAGAUGACAGAUGAUGCUGAGACACCAGAAGAGGACAUCAGUGUGGUAAAACUUUUGUUUGGUGCUUACGAUGUCAGUGGGUUGGUUGCUGAUGUAAAAUAUUUCUCAACUUACAGAGUCAUCUUAAAGUGUUCAAUGUGCGAAACUGUAUUCAACCAGCGAGCUUUGUUACAUAAACACUUGGAACAGCACAAAAACAAGUUGAAAGUGUGUGUGUACAAGUGUCCUGUGUGUAAACUGCUCUACAUGCACAAACAACUGAUGAUGGAGCACUUCAAGGAUGUUCACAAUAAUACACAAACCCCUGAAAAGCCUCCAAGCCCCCUGCCUCCCUCCAAGGACACAUCCAGUGAUCAGAAAGCAUCUACAAUGCAAGCAGCUACUAAUGGUGUCGCUCCCAACAGUUUGAACAGCGACAAAAAGGACGAAGCUACUGUGGAGAAGUCUGAAACACGACCAAAAGUUAGGAGGCCUGGCUGGACGUGUGCCGAAUGUCUGCAGUGGUUUCCAGAGAGAGAGCUCUAUGUAUCCCACAUGAAGAGAAGUCACGGAAAGGCUUACAAGCAUAACAUUGCAAAAAUGCAACCCGAUGAUCUCGAAAUAUGCAAACUUUGA